ACGUCGUCACCGCGGCAGAGAACGUUGAGUUCAUCUUCGAGCGACGCGGCGGUGCUCCCUGUGUAUAACUCGCCUGAGCGACCCAGAUAUGUGCCCCAGUCCGACACCGAAAGCGAGGUAGAAGGUCCAACAACCAUCGAUCUGAAUCGCGUUUCGAAAGAAGAGAUCUUUGCAGUACUCCAACGCUGCAAGCAGAAGGUGGAACGGUACAAAAAUAAAUAUGGCGAGACGGUGAAGGCUUAUCGAGCUCUGAGUGAAGAAAAAGAAAAAGUACAGAAAGUCCUCACCGAAUCCCAAGACAAAGCUCUAAGACGAAUCAACGAAUUGCGGGAGCAGGCAGACCUCGAACAGAGAGCCAAGGCUCACCUCGAGGAAAAUCUCCGCGUCAUCCUUGACGAGAAAGACGAAAAACUGAAGGUCAUGAAAACGAAGAUCGAUCUCCUGUCGAACAGCGAAGAGGUUGUGAAACCGUUCAAGGAACAGGUGAAGCAGCUCAAUCUGGACCUGCAGAGCAAAGAAGCUGACGUCAUCAUGGCCAAAGAGCUCCGGAGCAAGGCUGAGCAGCAGCUCAAAGAGAUCAAGUGCAAGCUUGAAGCUAAGGACAAAGAGCUCCUGGAGACCCGGGCGAAGAGUAAGCUUCUCGAGGAACAAAUUGCCAAACCCCAGGUGGUUUCCAACGGGACCGAUAAAGCUCACACCGAAGACUCUAAAGCCAUCGCAGCGGAGCACAUGGAGGCGAAGAUGCGGGCGAGUGAAAAGAAGCUCUCACAGAAGGAGAAUGAGUUACGGAAAAUAGCGAGGAAAAUGCAUCAACUGAAACUUAUGAGCAUCACCGAGGAGGCGGAAGAAGAGGAGAACAAUUCUCUCGGAGGAGGCUUGGCCAAGAAAAUCGAGGGCAGCGUCGAUCAGCUCCUGAAGGAGAAGCAAAACCUCCAGAAGAGCAUCGACGAGCUCAACAAGUUGAACAGACAGAAAGAGAACGAACUCAAGACCGUCCGGAGCAAGUUAGAACAAGCCAGUAGCGAAAUACGUAAUCAGAACAACGAGGCGUCGUCUCGGCUUGACGAGGUCCUCUCCGAGAAUCAGAAGAUCCAGAAAGACCUCCUGGAAGCUCAGGGGAACGCGAAGAGCCUCGCCGAGCAGUUACAAGCGUUCAGGGAAGCCUCGGAAGUUGCCUCACGCAAACUGAAUGCCGCGGAAACGAGUUUUGCGCAGAGCGAACAGAAUCUGCGACAGAUGGAGAGCGAACUCCAAGGACUAAGAGCUGAGGUCGCGUCACGCUCGAAAUCGGCUCUAGACCUCGAGGCACAGUUGAAGGAUGCAAGUCGGAAGCAAUCAGAAAUGGAACUGGAAUUAUCGAGCUUACGGGCGAAAAUUGUGCAAGAAGAAAACCUAUCGGACAAGUCGCCAGGAGCCGGAGACGCCGUCGACAUUGCGAACGGGGAGGUCGAGGCGUUGAGGAAGAAACUUUUGGGAGCUGAGGAGCAGUGCAAGUCUCUCAUGGAGGAAUUGCGAAGAGUUCAAGCUUCAGGUGAGGACGCUGACGUCUCUGGAAACUCAACUGAUGCUGCUCAGCUCAAGCUGCAUGAGGUUGAACGACUUCUCGCGAGUAAAACCGAGGCCGAGGCAGCACUCCUGAAACGUCAACAGGAGCUGAUCGAAGAGCUAGACGCCCUUAGAAAUGAGGCGUCCGAAUUGAAAAGCGAGAACUCUCGAAUCGCUUCGGAAAUGAGCAUUUUAUCCUCCGAGAGAGAGAAGGUCCAGAGCGAAUUGGAAGGAAUCGGUGCACUCCGAGCGGAACUGGAAUCCGUGAAGCAGCAGCUCGACCUUGAGAAAUCCAAUGUUGGGGCGCAGACGUCUCUGGCGGAACAACUGGAAACGAAGCUCCGGGAGGCUGAGUCGAGUCUCAUCGAAUCACAGGAACAAGUGAAGAAACUGACGUCCGAUCUCGAGGUCGUUCAACAAGAGAAGCAACGCAUUCAAGGAGAAUCAUCCCAGACUGAAAAAGGUCAUCUCUCGAGGUGUGCAGAUUUGGAGGAGCAAUUGAGUGCGGCCCGGGGCGAGUCUCAGAAACUCCAGGAUGAGGUCGGGAAAGUGAAGGAGGCCAGAAGUAUCCUCGAGAAGGAGCUCAAAAGCAAACUGAGCAAGAAGGAACAGGAUGCUGAGGCCGCAACCUUGAAAUGGGACACAGCUCAGAAAGAGAAGAACUCCUUGGAGACAAAAAUGCUCGAGAUGGAGAACGACUUCGAGACGGAACGUAGUAAACUCAACGAUGAAAUCCGCUCGUUUACAUCAAAGGUGGAACAACUCGAAACACUCCUGAAAGAGAGCGCGGAAGAGGAAUUGCGGGGUCAGCUCGCCUCCUUGACGGAAGAGUUGGAAUCGGUCAGAGCCGGAGCUCGAGGGGCGAUGGACGACGCGGAGCAGAUGCGACGAGCCGUCGAAACCAAGAGUCAAGAACUCAUAAAGAUGGUCGACGAUUUGGCAGAAAAGGAGCGUCUCAUCAAAGAAGGCGAAUCCAAGAUGACGAGACUCGAAGCCCACUACAAGGAAUGGAUUCGGACCCUCGAAGCGAGACAAGCGGACACUGAAGACAAGUUGCGGCAGUGCGAGAUGGAGAGGAACAGAUUCAAGGAGGAUGCCGAUCGUCUCGAUAAGAUGUACGUCCAACUGGAGACUCAACUGAAACACGUCGAACAGGACGGGAAGCUGCGUGUUGCCGAUGUCGAAGCGCGUCUCAUAGUCGAAAAGGACAAAAUGAAGAGAUUGGAGGAUGCCAAAACCAGAUUGGAGGAGAAGAAAUCGAAGCUCGAAGCAGUCAUCGGAUCCAAUGAAAAUACCAUCCAGAAACUGCGGGGAGAAGUCGCCAAGGUCGAGGCUGAGCUCAAAGAGAAAUCACUGGAGUGCGAAAGUUGGGAGGAGAGCCUGAAAACCGGCAAUGAGCGCCACACGAAGAUCCGCCAGGAACUCAAAGAUGCUCAGGCAACGAUCGCUGGACUCCGUAGCGAAAUAGAGGAUAAAGAGGAUCGACUGCGAGCUGAGUUCGAAGGUCGACUGUCGUCAGCAGAGGAGUCGCAAGCAAUUAUGAAGGAGCAAGAAGAGAUUCUGACCCGACAGCUCAACGAGACUCAGGCUCUCCUUCACCAGAAAGAAGAAGAGCUCGAAAACAUAAAACUGUCGCCAGUUCAGCAAGAGAAUCUUCAGCUACGCCAAACUCUCAAGCAGGUCGAAGAGGAACGCGAGCGCUUACUGCAAGAGUCGAAUAGGAUGAAAGAGGAAUUGGCUCAAAUCACAAAGCAGGCGGAGCUUCUGGGCAAAGAGGCUAGAGCUCUGCGGGAUUGCAGUGGUGAUGAGAUUGAUACACUCCGGGAGCAGAUGGACGAGUACAAAAAUCAAUCCAUAUUAGCCCAGGAGAAGUGCGACGGCUUGCAGAAGGAGCUGGCCGCGCUGAGGAAGCAACUGGAGGAGAGAGAGGACGGUUGGAACCACGACGGCUGGUCUGGAGGCGAAUGGGGAACUACCGACGAAACGACCGAGGAUCAUAGUACGCCCGCGGUUCUAGAAGUAGCCGUCGAAGAGAGUAAGGUCGGAGCUCCGAAAGGACCUCACGAAAGCAGCGAUAGCAUAGAUGCGCUCCGUAUGCAGCUCGCUAAGCAACAUGAUGAGAUUCGAGACUUGAAGGCUUUAUUGGGCUUGCACUCCCGGGGAGGCCUCAUGACCGAUAUGCCGGGACCCACUGAAUACGAAUAUUUGAAGAACAUCAUGUUCAAUUUCAUGAUGGGAAGAGAGACGCAGACCCUGUGCAAGGUGAUUGCUGCGGUGCUCCGGUUCUCAACGGAACAAACUCGUCUUGUCACGGAGCGGCAUGAGUCCCUUCAUAAGGUUUCUGCACUGUACCAUCAUCACUCCACAUCGAGUCAUGCCAAUAGACCGCACUGACGUAGUUGGGCACGGCUGUUGCCGGCAGGCCAACGAGUUCAUUGAUCCAAAGAACGGGAAUGGCCGACGCAUCGAUAUAGUCGUCGAUGCGGAGGACACAUUUACCAACUGCACCGUCGGAUCUCUCAAGAUUCCGUCCACGUAUCUGAAGAUACAGCAAGCUCUGACAUAUCAUUCCAGCUUGCACUCUGGCUUCGCCGAUCAGCGUGUUUUCGGACAGCACCGUGCGGACAUUCCGUCGACCUAGUUCGUAGAUUCGCUUCCCU